GAGUGUAUACGUACUGAAAACACGGAAGGUCCAACACCAUAUUCCCAAACAGAGGCUUCUACGCUGUAAACUCUUUAUAAAACGUCGUCGGAGCGGCCCUAGAAUAAGCCAAGUGCGGUAUUGUUUUAUUUUGGCAGUUGCGGUUUAAGAGUGAUGCCUGUCGAGUAGUUGGGCCUUUUCUGCUUUUCUGCUUCAUCUGAAAGCAAACCGCUGAAGAAGAUGCCCGCUCGUAAUGUUGUGUCCAACGGGAUCCCUAACAGCAAAGUUAGGUAUUCCAGGUUAGCCACUGACGACGACGGCUACAUUGAUUUACAGUUCAAGAAGAGCCCACCCAAGGUCCCAUAUAAAGCCAUCGCACUAGCCACGAUCCUUUUCCUAAUCGGCUCGCUGUUGAUCAUCAUCGGUGCUCUUCUCUUGGCUGGCUACUUUGGCGUCACUCACACAGACCGGACCGUGCCUGUCCUCAUCAUCGGGAUCCUUGUCUUCCUGCCUGGAUUUUACCACCUACGGAUAGCUUACUAUGCAUCAAAGGGCUACCCGGGGUACUCUUAUGAUGACAUCCCAGACUUUGAUGACUGACCAUUGCUAAAGCCCCAGUCCUGCUGUGCUUACAUGUAGUGAAUUUAAGGUCGUGAUAUAUUUAAAGAAAAUGAGAUCCCUUUUUUUUGUUUUUUUUCAUAAUUGUUUUUAAAUUACAAUAUUGUUCUUAUAGAUUUUUCUACCUAGGUUCUUAAUGCCAGGUUGCUAAUAGCAACUGUUU